UGGGCGGAGAGCUCGGGCACACACUGUCCUCUGUCUCUAUAAGCCCCAUACACAGCAGACACACACAGGGACAUGGCUGGACCGGAGGACUCGGGACCUGUAUAGUGCUAGAGGAGGAAGCUUCCAGUGUCCUCCCUCACCCGGCACCAUGAUAGAGGUGUCCAUCCCCUCCAUAGGACACCAGGUGAUGAAGGCAGACAAGACCCGAACGGUCUUCAAAAUCGAUGUUUUUUUCAAUGGCCGCCGACAUUCUUUGGAUCGACGUUACAGCGAAUUCCAUGCACUCCAUAAACUGUUGAAGAAGACCUGCAAGGUGCCAGAUUUUCCAUCCAAAAGAGUUCCAAACUGGAUGUCUAAGGUCCAAGAGCAGCGGCGGCAAGGACUCGAAGCUUACAUACAGGGGGUGCUCUGGUUCAACAAAGAGGUUCCAAAAGAGUUGUUAGAUUUCCUGAAGUUAAAACAUUUUCCACAAAGCAAAAAGAACUGCAGCUUUCAAUCAGUGACAGAUUUCACUUCAGAAGAGAACAGUUCCCAGUUGGCACAUAAAGCGGUGGUAGGAUUUUACAAGGACCUGUACAUUUUACCUCCAGAUACAGAUUUGCUUGAGGACAUCAUUUUACAGGGAGUUCUCCGAGGGCUGUACCAGCAUAAUCAUAAGAAGCUACCUACAGUUAAGCAUGCAAUCUCCACAAAUUCACAUGUGCAAUGACCAUAGCCUGACCAUGCUACAACACUCAUUCAUUUUCAUAUGGUGCUUUAUAUUGGGAAGCUGUGUAAGAUUGAGUGGAUUUGUGACAGGUCAUAAGGAGAAGCUGCUUCUGGAGAUGGACACCCUACCAGGACUGCCAGGAGAAAGAUUGCUGUUACUAAUGGGGACCAGUGAUUUGGGUAAACACUUUCAGAAUCAUGGCACAUCUACUGCAUGGGACUUUUGUCGGGAUAAGCAAUCAGGACACUGUAUAAUACAUAAUGCAACUUUCCAGAUUGUGGAGGAGAGACUUGUGUGAAUAUUCCAUAAUCUUACACCGCAUAACCUAGUUCUUACAAUCCAGAACAUAGUUUAUUCAAGGUGGACCAAAGUCUACAGGAUGCUGGCGUGUUCCUAAAUAUUUAUAAAACUGAACAUGUUUUCCUCUUAGGCCCAUGUCAUAUCGGUGAUCUUGUAACUGGGGCAACUUGCCAACAACAAGAUCUUUAGUUGAAUAACACUGGCCGGCUCCUGUGGCAUCGUUCCCUCACUGGGUGAACCGGCAUAGUGUUGCUCUAUCAGUUUUCCUUUGGAGUUUCGCAGUUUUUGGCCAGAAAUGGAGCGACACCAUGGGAGCCAGUCAGUGCUCUCUUUGAUGUUACUGUUGUAGGUGAGUGGACACCACAGACUGGAUCAUAAGGAUGACAAGGCCCAUAAUGUGCAUAACUUUUAUUGUUUUGAUAAAACAAUAAAAUAUACAGAUUGUCCUUAUUACGU